AUGUAGGGCUGGAGAAAGACUCAAGAGGAUGCACAUAUUGCAAAACUUGAUCUUGGGGAUGGAAAUGCUUUAUUCGCUGUCUUUGAUGGGCACGGAGGUGAUUAAGUGGCACACUUUGCGGAAAAACACAUGGCUGAGGAAUUACUUUAACUCGAAAGCUAUAAGUCUGGAGACUAUAAGACAAGUUUAGAGGAAGUAUUUUUAAAAAUUGAUGAAAUGAUGAUUGCAAUAAAAAACUAGUAAGAGUCUCAAGGAACCUAUGGAAAUGAACAUGAUGGAGGAGAGCCUAAUAAUUUCAGUGAGGCUGGAUGUACCUCAAACGUUAUAUUGCUUACAAAAGAUAAAAUCUAUUGCGCCAAUUCUGGUGAUUCUAGAGCCGUAUUGAGUUAAAAUGGUCAAACUGUGGAAUUAUCCGAGGAUCACAAACCAGAUAAUCUGAAAGAAAAAACCAGAAUUGAAAAAGCCGACGGAUUCGUUUCAAUGGGAAGAACAAACGGCAUUAUAUCACUUUCAAGAGCGUUGGGUGACUUUGACUACAAGCAGAAACAUGAUUUAUCAAAGCACGAAUAAUAGAUCACAGCGUUCCCAGAUAUUUCUGAAAAUCCAAUCAAUGAAGAUACGGAGUUCAUUAUUUAAGCCUGUGAUGGCAUUUGGGAUUGCUUGACAAGCGAAGAAGCUGUUAGGAAAUUCGGAGAAAUGCUUAAGAAAGGAGGAAAGUCUGAAAAAUAAAUAGUUGAAUAAGUUCUUGAAGAAAUUAUUGCACCAGAUUCAAGUAAUGGAGUUGGAUGUGACAAUAUGACCUGCAUUCUUAUUCGCUUUAACAAGUGA